UUAUUGUGUGGCCAACCCCACUAUAAAUAUUUGUUACAUACACAAAUUAAACUAUCACUACGCAAAAUUACGAGCCAUAAAUUAAGAUGAAAACUAAUUACGUAGGAAUGGAAACGGUAAUGAUGGCAGGAGUACUUGUAUUGCUUAUGGCAGUACAAUUUAUGCCAGUAUCAGCCCAACAACAGCAAGGCCCCGCAUUUUGCUGGGACAGGAUCAUGACAUGUCGUCGGGGGGCGAUGUCGACUCAACAAUUUAACGAUGUUUGUUGUAAGGUCGUCGCACAAAUUGUGUCGAACGAGACGCCUUGUUUUUGCAGCAUCAAACCUGUUGUCAAUGAAACUGCUGUCCAAGGCAUCAAUGUGCUUCUCAAUUCUUGCAAUAUCAAUGCUCCUUUUGACACUAUUUGCUCUGGUAAUCCUAGAUCAACCUCCCAGCAAACUCCAUCUGCACCUUCCCCAUCUAUGUCUGCUCCAUCUCCACCAUCUCCAUCUACGAGUGCAUCAUCUCCAGGUCCAAGUUCAAGUCCCCCAGAUUUGACUCCCCCUAACCCACCACCAGGUUCUAACAUGAGCCCAAGUGCAACUCCUACAGCUGCAACACCAGGUGAAGCUCCAAGCCUUGCACAAGCUCCAAUGAUGCCACCUCAAGGUGAAGGGCCAAUUACUGCUCAAGGUCCAGCUAUAACGGAAGCACCACAAGGGUCAACUGAAAGCCCAACUGCUUUCAGUCCUGCUCCUACACCAGCUGGAAAUGCGAACAAGAUUGGAUCAGUUGCUGGUGCUAGCCUACUUGUUCUCUUGGCAUAUGUCCUGUUUUAAUUUAGUAACUGGAACUCAACUCCUGUAUUUUUCUUUUGAAUAAAUGUAUACGCUUUGUAAAGGGGGAUUUUGGAGUUUCCCAGCAAUUGAAUUAUGUGCUUUUGUUAUUUUU